CCGUCAGAUGAAUAAAUAAAAAUAUACACAAGCAGUCUAUUUCGGGAAAAAGUGGCUAAAAAGCGUGGAAAAUAAUGGGUACAGUGGUCCUCGAGACGUACGAUGAUCUCCAGGAGAAGCUAAAUGAGGCGCGGUCGCGUCUGAAGGGCCUGAACGACAAUAUAAGACGCGUCGUUGGCCGAGAUGUGGUGAACUUCCCACCGAGGAUGGACAGGAAGCGCCCUUAUGAUUCAGAAUUCGGGGCGAAGGACAAUGUUGUGGUGAAGAGACGCUUCAACAAUGACACAAAAUCCGUCUUCAGUCGACUGUCGGGUCCGCCGCAUCGUGAUGAUGAUGUGGAGACGAAGCCCAAGGUGUAUUCGAGAGUGAUUAAGGAACUGCCGACAAGGGAGGAAAUCGUGGCCGCCCAAGGCUUGGAUGAGCAGUCAAAGGCUCGCAAUAGACGUAUUUUUGCCGUCAGUUUGCUGGGCACGCUGCAGAAGUUCUGUCAGGAGGAGUCCCGACUGAAGCCGAAGGAGGACAAGAAGGCACAGAUUGAGAAGCGCCUGGAGGAUCAGGCGCGGCGCGAGAAGAUCAACAUGGAGAAGGAGCGCAAGAGUCUGUUCAAUGAUCGCAAGCAGCAGCAGCUCCAGAUUCGCCUGCUGGAGCAGAAGAUGAACAAGAUGCAGGAGGAGCGCGACUGGGAAGAGUCUCAGCGACCGCUGAUGAACUUCAUCAAGACUAAAGCCAAGCCACAUCUCUUUUACAAGCCGAAGAUCGUUUGCAAGAAGACAGAGAGAAAGCUCGUCGAGAGCAGAGCGGAGAUUGAGAGAUCCUUGGAGGCCAAGCGACAGGCGGUCAAGGAGGAGAUUGCCGAGAUGGAGAAGCGCUACAGAUCGGAAGUGGCUCAGCACUCGGACGACAGCUAUAUGCCGCCGAUGCGAGCGCAAGAGCCAAUGCGGCGCGACCAGGAGUCCGACGGGGAAUUGCAGAGCUCAGACAAUUCAGAGGACGAGACUGAGUCCAGGUCUCACAGGCGCCACGGUCAGGACAUGCAGCUGAAGACGGUGUUCAAGCAGGAGGACGUGAAAGACAACGUGAAGAUGAUCAUCUCCGUGGUGAAUGAUCAGGCUGUGACCAAUUGAGGUUGCAUUUUGUGAAUCCCGAGGCGAGAAUUCAAUAAAAGCCUUUGGUAAU